ACCCCUACCCAUGAUGAUUCCACCAUCUGCACCAAGCCCUGUCAGCGAUGCUGCACUCCUGUCAGGUGUGGCUUCUCAGGAAGUCUGGAGGUCACCAGUUCCAGGCUAUUCUGGACUGCCCACACGGCACAUAAGUCACCGGGCCAACAACUUCAAGAGACACCCGAAAAGGAGAAAACACAUCCGGCCUUCACCGCCGCCACCGCCUAACACUCCGUGUCCCAUUGACCUGGUUGACUUUGGGGAUCUCCAGCCCCAGAGGUCUUUCUUGGAACUCCUUUUCAAUGGGUGCAUUCUCUUUGGGCUUGAAUUCAGCUAUGCCAUGGAAACAGCCUAUGUUACGCCUGUGCUGCUCCAGAUGGGGCUUCCAGACCAGCUGUAUGGAAUGGUGUGGUUCAUCAGCCCUAUAUUAGGGUUUUUGCUACAGCCUUUGCUGGGAGCCUGGAGUGACAGAUGCACAUCAAGAUUUGGGAGGAGAAGACCUUUCAUUCUGGUUUUAGCAGUAGGAGCAUUGCUUGGGCUCUCACUUAUGCUGAAUGGUAAAGAUAUAGGGAGUGCCUUGUCUGACACCGAGAAUAACCACAAAUGGGGGAUCAUCCUUACAAUCUGUGGUGUUGUCCUCAUGGACUUCAGUGCAGAUUCAGCAGACAAUCCCAGCCAUGCCUAUAUGAUGGAUGUGUGCAGCCCAGUGGAUCAAGACAGGGGCCUCAACAUCCAUGCUUUGUUAGCAGGUCUUGGAGGUGGCUUUGGUUAUGUUGUUGGAGGAAUACACUGGGAUAAAACCAGUUUUGGAAAAGCUGUAGGAGGGCAACUUCGUGUCAUCUAUGUCUUCACCUCAGUUGUACUGACUAUUGCUACUGUGCUGACUCUAGUUAGCAUUCCAGAGAGACCCUUAAAGUCCUCUAACAGGAAGAAAAAGGUGAUGAAAAGUCCAAGUCUUCCUCUCCCUCCUUCUCCACCUUUCUUCUUUGAGGAAAGUGUAAAUGAAAACUCUGCUUCUCAUAACUCAGCUCACUUACAUGCAAGUUUUACGAGUCCUGUUUCCCCCAUGAGCCCACUCACGCCAAAAUACGGGAGUUUUAUCAGCAGAGACAAUUCUUUGACGGGAAUUAAUGAGUUUGCAUCAUCCUUUGGGACUUCAAAUAUUGACAGUGUGCUUAUAGACUGUUUUACAGGAGGGCAUAAUAGUUACAUGACACUUCCAGCUAGUUUGUCCAGGCAGCCUGUCAGUGUCAGCUUUCCUCGGGUGCCUGAUGGCUGUUACCAUGGAGCAAAUGGAAUUCUGGAGCAAGGGGAGAGCAGCUUAACAUCAGGGCCUGAUAGUGAUGUGCUGAGAGUGGGUUCACUGGAUGCAAUAAAGCCACGGUCAUCAGGGAUCUUGAAAAGACCUCAGACCUUGGCCAUUCCAGAUGCUGUAACAGGACACUGCCCAGAGAAUAACAGAAGAAGAAAUGUAACCUUCAGCCAACAGGUUGCUAAUAUCCUGCUGAAUGGUGUGAAGUAUGAGAGCGAGCUGAACGAAUCGGGCGAGACCUCGGAGCAGCCCCUGUCUGUGAAGCUGCUUUGCUCCACCAUCUGCCACAUGCCCAAGGCUCUCCGUAACCUCUGCAUCAACCACUUCCUAGGGUGGCUUUCAUUUGAGGGGAUGUUACUCUUCUAUACUGACUUCAUGGGAGAAGUAGUGUUCCAAGGGAACCCCAAAGCACCUCACAACUCAGAUGAGUAUCAGAAGUACAACACUGGGGUCACCAUGGGCUGCUGGGGAAUGUGCAUCUAUGCAUUCAGUGCUGCUUUCUAUUCAGCCAUGCUGGAGAAGCUGGAGGAGCGCUUUAGCACACGGACACUGUACUUUGUGGCAUAUUUGGCCUUUGGGCUGGGCACGGGCCUGGCCACACUCUCCAGGAAUGUCUACGUGCUGCUGUCCCUGUGUGCUACCUACGGCAUUCUGUUCGCCACGCUCUGCACGCUGCCCUACUCCCUGCUCUGCGACUACUACCAGAGCCGAGAGUUCGUAGGCUCGCAGGCGGAGGGCACGCGGCGUGGGAUGGGCGUUGACAUUUCCUUGCUGAGCUGCCAGUACUUCCUGGCGCAGAUCCUCGUGGCCCUGGCCAUGGGGCCGCUGACGGCGGCUGUUGGCAGUGCCAGCAGUGCCAUGUACUUCUCCUGCCUGGUGUCCUUCCUGGGCUGCCUCUUCUCCUCCCUCUGUGUCACCUACGAGCUGCUGCCCACCGAGGAGCUGCCACCUGCUGAGGAGCAGCGCCCGCUCCUGCCCCGUGCACGGAACGAAUAAAUGGGAGAAGCUGCCACAGCCUCUGCUGCCUCAUUGUGUCACCCUUGGCCUCUCUGUUGUGACAGGACGGGCUGUGCGCCCCCGGCAUGGCAGCAGUGGGCUUGGCAAACGGAAAGAAAGGUCUGUGCUGGCUCUGCUGAGCUUUCCCCUGCCUGUGGGAAGGUGAGGGUGAGUCAGCAGCGCCUGGCACUGCUCGUCCUUCCCCUGAGGUGGCAGAGGCCUGUCUGUGCCCCUGGGGCCACAGCAGCAGGAAAUGGUGGAGCCAUUCCCUCCAGCUGCCUCGUGGUGCUGUCAUCCCGGGAGAUGACUGGCAUUGUCCAGCGUGAGGCAGGAGACCUGGAAGUCUGGUGCCUGGGCAGGACAACCUCAGUCUCGAGUGGCAGUGAGCUGCUAGGCUGCACCCACUGCUGCAGAGGACUGCCACCGUGGGAUUGGUGACAGUUUGAGGGCAGAAGGAGCCACCUCCUGGCCAGGCAGAGCAGAUUUGGUCGGCAAGGCCAGUGGAGAUUCCUGUGAGGCCUUUGGGAGCUGCAGGUCCAGCCUACAGCCUCUGCCAGUGGAAGGCCUGGCUCUGGAGGGUGUUUUUCAGAACUUUGGGAAGGCUGGGAUUAACUGGUCUUGCUUGGGUGGUGUAAGUCCUCUGUCAAGUGCCAUGGGCUUCUGGGUGCACAGAGCUCCCACCAGCAGAACUGCUACAAGACAUCACUGUGGGCUGAAAGUGCUGUGGCCUGGGUCCCACACCCCACUGUGGAGGUCCUGGCUGUGUCCUUGGUGAUGUUUGCCAAUAUGUGUGUAUUUCCUUCUUCAUUAGAGUUUAAUUAAGACUACAGGGGUUUGUGAUGACUUAGCAGGAGGGUUUGACCAUAAUUCAGUUUAGCAGUUAUCCAUAACCCAGUUUUGGGGAGAAAGGUCUUUUCCCAUCAACCUCCCUUGGGCAGAACGUUAUUCUCAAGAACUUAUGAGAAAAAUAAUUGGUAUGGAAGCCUGCAUCACAUUAUUCUUGUUUAUACAGUUUUACCUGGGGACAUUCUGAAGUCUGGAGAUCAGUGACUAAGUGCUUGUCAAUUAGAGCUGCAUUUUCCACAUCUCAGUGAAACCAGUAAAAGGGCUCUGGGUUUCAUUAUCUGAGAAAUUUCUGAAUUAUUCUGAUUUUAGAAGGUAGUAUGUGAGAAUUUUUACAAGUUCUAGUUAAGGCCAGAAGUCAAUUUUAAGUCACAUUAAUAAAACUAUUUCUAAAGCCCCUGUCAGUCUGCCUCUGUGUUUGGGCAGGCAGCCAAGUUUUACCAAGGCUGGUGGGCAUUUUGGUGUCCACAUGUGCUGUGCAUGGCAUCCCUGCAGAGAUUAUAUUUGCUCCUAGACCCAGAAGGGUUUUCUCUGGAGAGUCACUCAUUUAAAAUGGGUUGUACUUCACUGUUCACCUAAAUUUAUGCUGAUCUAUGAUGCCAAGGUGAAGUAAUAUGUAUAAUCUUUAGUUGUUGUGGUUUACUGUAAUCCAGUGCUGAAAGCAUAAUUAAUACAUAACUUGUAAGAACAUCUCAUUUUUAUCAUCUGCUCCCAAUUAUUACAUUUUAGAAGCAAGUUUCAUAUUACUCAGUAUUGACUUAAACAGAGGAAUACUGCUGAAAUUAUGAAGUCAAGCACUCAGAGAUAAAGGACCUUUCAGGCUGAUGAGUACAUUCAUCUUUCAUUUCUUUGGGCUUACAUGGUGUCAUAUCUGCAGGAAUAUCUGUGCCAUUUCCUUGAUUAUAGGACAGAUGUCUCCAAGAAUGUUCAGGACAAAGCUGGGACAAAAUAGCAUGAGAAGCUACAUUUGGCACUUCUAAUUUCUGACAAUCUAAAGACUUGACUUUGGAGAAUUAUUCUUUUCUUGUUAGUCUGCUUUGUAAUCUUAAUUUCUCUUCCUUAUCUUCUCAAACUUUUAAACUCAAAAUUUAUUUUAUUUUUUGUUUGGUCCCACUAGCUAAUGUGAUAUUAGUUCUUAAUUUUUUUUUCCUCCUCUUAAGUUUUGUAGCCAGCAUUAUUGCACUAAAUGGAUUGUGAGCACUUUACUUUUCCAGGUAGCUGGAGUUGCAGAUCAUUUUGUUGCAAGUGAAAAUCUUCAAAAAAUUUAAAAAAUCAAUGUAUUUGAUGAUAAUGUUUGUCUCCAUUUCCAUCUGUAAAUAUCAAUUACAUUUAUGCAAUUAUAAAACUAUUGCUAUGCCUGUAUGCCUUGCCCAAUAGACUCUAUAUUACAUUUUUCUAUUUUAUGGGAUAUGGACUUUAUUUUGCAUAUGUAUUUAUGUAGUGGUACGUACACAGUACUUUUAAGUCAACAUCAGUGUGUGUUGAUUUGGGGCUUUGAGCAAUACUAGUGGUGUCUGGAAAAAAAACAAAACAGAGCCUGUCACCAUCAUGCAGAGUUGGAAAUUGCACCAAAUCCUUAGAAGUAACUUUUAAAAGAGGCAUUGCUUUCUUGCUUUCUCUCUUCCUUUGUCAAACAUUUUGUAUUUUACAGAAAUUACUGUAUAUGGUCACUGGUGAACUGUGAACUGCAACGUGAUGUUUCCCUUCUGGAAUCCAAAGGCUUCAAAUAUUCUGUCUAAAUUUGCAAGUUACUGGUUAAAAAAAAAGAUGCAUGAGUUUAGGCAGGAAAAUUAUUUUACUCUGUGCUGUUUUUCAAUGAUGCCUAAAGGUUAAUUUUGAUUAAGUCCAUAUCAUUAAAGGUUGCUUCAUGGCAA